AUGGCGACCAUGACAGCGGUUCUGCCAGGCCAAAUCCAGGCAGAGCCCAAGGGCUACAACGAAAGGGACGCAACAUCCGAGACCAUGGAUACACAAACGGCGCGCAGCGCACUCAACAUGGUUCGCUACUUCGUGGCAGACAGGAACCCGGAGCAUGAGCAGAAGUCAAAGGCGCCACGUCGCCGUAGCCUGCGCCACCUCCGAGAGCUAAUGCUUGAGGAUUUCUUGAAGACGCAUGGCUUCAGCGACGUAAAUGAGCCGCGGCAGAGCGGGUGUUUCUCUUUCAAGGAAAGGCUUUUUCCCCUUCAUGUCGCCGCAAAGUGCGGCGAUCACGAGAUGGUCCGCAUACUCCUCCAAGCUGGCGCCGAUAGAUGGGCGAAGACGUCCAAGGGCUGGACAGCCUUGGAGCUCGCAGAUCGCCAGCGCAACCAGAUAGCCGCAGACAUGCUCCGCUGCGACACCCGGACCCUGACCGUCAGUCAGUUCUCCAAAGCUAUGACAAUGGCCUUGUGA